AGACCCUUGAAUGUUAUUUUCUCCAAUUUUACAAAAUAAUCUGGAAGAUGAAGUGUUAAAGUAAAAACUUAUUAUAAACUGCUAAUAUUCAUAAUCAAUGUCAAUGAUUGAUUAAAUAACAUAAUUAGCAUUUGAAAUUCUCUACAGAUGCAAAUAUUUCCCUGACUUGAAUAAAUCUUUAGAUUUAAGAACAUAUGCCUUUGAUUUUAUUUGAAAAAGAAACUGAAUAAAAAUGCAUAGAUAUAUUAAUGCCCUUUAUGCAACAACAGAUAAUAAUAGAUAAUUUAAGUUGUGAAAUUAAAUAAUUAUAUAUAUAUUUUGAUUCAUUUUAAAUAAAAUAAAUGCUAAAUUAUUCAAAUGUUGGAAAGGUUUAGGGUUAAAGUAUUGAAAUAUUUAAUUCUAUUAACAUUGAUAAUUCCAGUCUACUAAAUCCAUAAACCAACGCCAGAUAUGAACAUCCAGUAAGGUUAUUUUAUAGAAUAGGUUUUAACUAAAAAUUGUCAACAUAUAAAUUAUUGCUUUGAAAAGACAAUGGCUUUGAUGGAAAUUAGUAACAAAAAUAUUUAUAAAUGUCCAUUUUGCGAUGGAUAAGCAAAUAGUCCACAUGAUUUAGUUGAUGAUUGGAGGGUUAAUGCUUAUAAAGAAUUUAAUGAAUAUACUUAGGAUGUAACAAUAAUUAAAGGGAUUAUGGUUCACAGAUACAUGAGAAAUAAAAAGAAAUAUUUGGAUUUUUUCACUAAAAAUGUAAACAUAAUUCAAUUUAAAUAAAUGUUUUACAGAUUUUACAAGGAAACUUCAUUAUCAUCAUUGAUAUAAUAAGAUUUAUAAAAAUACUAUGCAAUAAAUUAACAAAAAAUUAAUUUUUGGAGUUUUUGCUUGAAAGAUAGAGUGAAAAUAACUAUUCCUGUGAGAAUAUUUGGAUGCAAUCAUUACGAAUGUUAUGAAUUAACUAGCUUACUAUUCUAUUAAUAAUAGAAUAGGAAAAAAAAAGAAUUCCUAGAAUGCAAUCAGCCAGGGUGUUCAAAUAAAUUGAAAAUUGCUCACAAAGAUUACACUAAAUAUCCUGAUACUCCAAGCACUCAGGAAAUGGAUGAAUAAGAGAACUUUCUUGAUGUCUAAGAAUUAUUUUCUGGCAUUUUUGUAGAUUAGGAUUUAUUAGAUGCUAUCAAAUUGAGUAAUCCCAGCUCAUAGAAAUUUUACUAUAAUAAGGAAACUGGAAAAAUUUAAGAAGAUUUAAAUAUAGUAAAUGGUUAGCCAGUUGAUCCAUUCAUUUAUCAAUUUUAUUAAAAUCAGCCAGGGUUAUCGACCAUUGUGAAAUUCUAAGAAUUCCAAAAAUUAAUAUAAUAAUAGGCAAUAGCAGUAAGUCAAGGAGAUCUAUUAUAAGAAAAUAAGGAUUUAAAUAAACAAGUAAAUUUGUAUAAAUACAGAAAUUAUAAAGUGAAUAUGAAAGACAAAUUCACUAACCUUUCGAUUGAAUAUCCAGUACGAUGCAGACUUUGUACAAAUUUAGAGAUUUGCAUGGAUAUGAGAAGUUAUAUAGCAGAAUAUAUUUACAGAAAAAAAAUGUCUCUAAUAAAUCCUUUCUGUUGUCCAUUAUGUAAUUAAAAAUUAAGUGAGUAAAUUCUAAAGAUAAAUAUUGUCAAUUAGAUAUAUUUAGAUUCAAACAUGCUUUCAUACAUGUUUAAGGAUAUGUCUUAUAGUAAUGGAACAUAGAUUUUUGAUUAUAAAGGAGAAUAAUAUAUGUUUUAAGAAUUUUUGGAUAGAUAAAAGAUCAAACGAGAGAAUUAUGUUGCAGAGUUACGGGAAAGAUAGGUUUUAUUUAAACAACUUUUUUGUAUAAUUAAUCCAAAUUAGAGAAUUAAAUAGCCUUUAAUUCUCUAAAAAUGUCCAGAUAGAAAAAUUGUUGAUUUUGCAUCAUUUUAUGAAGAAUUAAAGAAAAUAAAUUUUGAUUACGAAAAUUAAUAUCUAAUAUUAUGUAGAUGUAACUAUUGUAAUAAAAAUCCGAUUAAGACUUUUGUAGGAAACAUCUAUUUUCACGAAGCCUUUUAUGAAGCUCUAAAUAAAUUUUAUGAAAUUAAGGAAAUAGAAAAUGAUAAUGAAUUCUCUUAUUAGUUUGAGGAUACUAGAGAAAAUAGUUAUGUUAUCAAAAAUCAAUAGCAAUAGCAAUAGAAAAUCAAAAUAAUAAUGCGAUGA